AUGAGAAAAAAAUGCCAACUGAGAAGUCUGACUAUUCAGAGAAACCCUAACGUUUGCAUUUAUAAACUCACAUGGUAUCUAACUAUUGGGAUUUCAUUUCUAGAGUGUGGAACAAGGCCUGCUAUAGGCACACCAGGGAGUCGGAUUGUAGGUGGGCAUGAAUCUGAGGAAGGGGCAUGGCCAUGGCAAGUUAGCCUUCAAGUAUAUAAGCAUGGCGGAGGAUUUAUCCAUUUAUGUGGUGGAACUUUAAUUAAUAACUGCACAGUACUGACAGCUGCACACUGCUGUGCAACAAAAAUGCUUCCAGAGAUGUGGAGGGCUGUGAUUGGCUUGCAUCAUCUUUUCAGACAUAAAACAUACACUAUAAAAAGACGCGUUCGGGCCAUCAAGAUCCAUUAUUUCUAUGACUCAACAAGAUACAAAGAUGACAUUGCUGUGUUUCAUCUAAGCAAACCUAUCACAUUUAAUUCCUAUGUUCAGCCCGUCUGCUUGCCUAACUUUACUCUUGCCUUGACUUCUGAUAUGACAUGUUUUAUAAGUGGGUGGGGAAUGAAAAAAGAAAAAACUAGAGGCAGCUUCACAUUACAAGAAGCACAGCUAAGAAUUUUUUCACUAGACAUUUGCAAUCGAUAUGACUGGCAUGCAGGAUCAGUACCAGAUACUGCUUUUUGUGCUGGCUCUGAAACUGGGGAUGUUGAUACCUGUCAGGGAGACAGUGGUGGACCUCUGGUAUGUUAUUUAUCAGACUCUAAAUACUACAUUGUAGGAAUCACCAGCUAUGGUAUUGGCUGUGGCCGACCAAAAUUUCCAGGAAUUUACACUAAUUUGCCUAAGUACAUGUUCUGGGUGAAAAAACAACUUAGCGAAACAAACACUAAAUCUUACAUGAAAGAAACCACCACUCAGAGUUGCCUGCGCUUAAUGGCAGCUAAUGAGGUUCAGCCGCGCCAUUAUCGAGGAAAAGAUUAA